CCUCAUGUCGAAGCAGAGGACCAGCUUUCGACUCUUCAGUCCUGCAUCUAUAGAUCUGCCAAAUCACCCGGAGCUCUUUUACUUGAUCUCACCAAAAUUCGUAGCGAGCAUACAGAUUUUCAAAGUCUUCAGAUCGUACUCGAACAACAUCCCGAAAUAGAUGGGUGUCAAUUUCUCAGUGACGGCCCACGCCGCUAUUCGGAGCUCUACAUUCGUCCAAAGGACAACACUAUCAACACAGCUGUGAUUUUCAAAACAAAAGAAAUUCGAGUUCUUCCUCGUCGCUCGGGAGACGGCGAUUAUACGAUUACGACCAUCAGUUUGACCCACCUUCCCUUCGUUCACUCCGAAGAAAUUGGGAAGGGUUCAGAGCAGAGCUUGGCCCCAUUUGGAAAGAUCCUGGAUGUGGGUAUAACAACUGAACCUAAAUUAGGGAUCUAA